AUGGAAGCGGAGGGUGACAUGGGGCAUGUGCUUGGAUCCGCAGGAGGCGACGUAACAGGCAUGCCCAACAUCGUUGGGGCAAGCCGCAGAGAAUCGUCUAUAACUAAGGAUAGAGCGGGAUAUCGACGCUAUAGUGGCCGUGUCCUUCGUUCCCAUGCAAAUCCCAUUAAGCCACCGCCGCCUGAGCCUGACCCCGAUUGGCUGACUGAACUUGAAACUGCCACGCAUCGGAUCACCACGCAAUAUAAACAGUUUUGCGUUGGUACCCUCCCAUGCCACUUGUUUUCAAUCGAGAUCAGAGAUGUUCUGCCUGACAACCCUCUUGCAGGAUGGCAUUCCGAGGAACUUAUUCGCAACACUCUAAGGCACAAGUCCGAGUUGUCCUUCAGCGAUUCGGAGGACACUGGGCAUGUUGCCCUUCGGCUUCCACUCUUCAAAUGGAUAUUUGGGGAUAUUCUCCAUCUGAAGGAGGUUGGUUCUCCAUCUACUGGACGCUACAAUGAGGCAACUGCACGAACACCGUUCGAUUCACUGCUCAAAGUCAUGUCGAUUCCUCAAGCUGUAGGCAGUGUACAGACCUCCGCAGUUGCUGAAGUGAAGGUAGCCAUCUCGCGCCCGCGUGAUGAGGAUGGACCGAUGCAUCUGUUGGACAACAACGGCAUCUUCAGUGACUUUUUCGAGGUCGCACAAAGCGAUGCUUUGAUGCUCCUUCACCCCUCACGUGAGGUGCAGAUCCUAUACCGCCUUGCAAAGUCCAAGCAGGUGCCACCUGCCCCCAAGGAAACCUCGUGGAAGAGUGUAUUCAAUUCCGAGGAUCCUUUGUCAUUCAUUCUUAACGUGACGGAGUACAACCUUGAAGACUUGGAGGGCUGUAUUGCCCAAGUGGAAUUCGUGAUGGUUGCAAUGCAGCGUUUGCUGCAAUCUUUUGGGUUAACGGACGUCGUUGUUUUCGGAUCUGUCGUGGACCCGACCGCAGUACGCAUAUUUGGAUGCUUUGGUGGAGAUAAGUCCGAUACCCUAUAUGUCCAUCUAUGCGAAACGUUAUCCAUAUCCCACGCUCCUCAUUUUUGGCGCUAUGUCUUCUUUCUAUCAAAUCUCGAGAGAUGGGGGCGUGUGGAGUUCCACCAAAUGCUACGUGGCAUCCUGAACACACCCCACUCCUUCUCGCCCAAGGCAUGGCGUUGUGACACCUGGCUGUUUCAGAGAAAGAACGCUAGGCUUGCUGCGUUGGAGAGGACAAGAGAAGAAUCGAUGGAACCGACGGAUGAUGAAGGACACGAUGGAUAUCACGAGAAAAGCCAUAAACCCGGACCAGGAGGUGGUGGACCCGGACCCAGCAACCCCUCUGCAAACAAACGGAAGCGUAACCCUCACUCAGGUGGCAAGGCAAACCCGCCAAAGAAGGCCAAGGGAUGCUCAAUGCCACUGAACAAGCUGGAUGGCAAUGUAUCUGCCCGAGCGAGGUCGCGAUAUGUCUGCCCUGUUGAAAAGACUAUCCGAAACAGUACCACAGCGGCCCAAACCGCAGGAUGGCCACGUGUGCUCAAAACAUCUCUGCGGGAUCACCGCUCGGCUGCCCAUAUACAUCUGUCUGCAGAAGAAGUGCUUCGCAGAGCCGAUAUGGAUAGCUCAGACGAGUCAGACGAGUUAGACGACGACGCAGAGAAACUGAAGGACAAGGCCAGUCUACUUGACAGAAUAAUGAGGUGGAAAGGGGAUGUUUCCCCUACGGUUGUAUGA